UAGGAAAGACAUUCUGGGAGCUGAAAGUGACGAACCAAUCAGAAUUAUCCAACACACACAUACACACUCAUCGAAAACCCUCUGUAGGAUGAAAUCCUGAAACAACCACCCACCCAAUAACAAACAAACAAACAACAAAAUCGUAGUGAUUGAUUUCUCUGUACUUGGUAUCUACUUCCUUCGACGAAAGUUUUUUAAUCUCCUAGAUUUGAAAUCCGAGUGUUGCAGAGCGUCUCCAGCAAUCCUGAAGAAUUCAGUGAUCAAUGUUUCAGAGAUUGGGAACGAUUGACGAGGAAACUUGGACCCGUGACGGAAGAUGCGGCGGUAACUGAGAGAUAUUCGGUAGACGGGACGACGUGGGGUGGUGGUGGGGAUAUUUGUGCUCGGUGGUGGUGGCCAGAUCGGUUGGGGUGGAGCUUUGAUCUCGAAAGAUAUUUAUGCUUUAUUGUGUUUAGGGUUUCUUGAUAGCGGACAAAGAGGAAGGAUUAGUGUUUCCUGUUUCCCUAAUCAGAGCAUCUCCUUCAGUUGUCAGUUUAUCUUUAUCCUUGCGUUCAAUUGUUACUCUGAUAUAAAGAAACGAAAGAUCCUGGCACAAGAUUCUCUGUUUGUUUUGUUUUAUAUUUAGUGUUCUCUCUCCGAAGUGCUGAAGACUAAAUUAAGCGCUAAAAAGGGUUUGUGCUUAAUCGAAAGGAAGCUAUUUGUAUUCCGCGCUCUGGAAGUCGUUGAAAUUUGUGGUUUCCUGAAGAAGAGAGGGUUGGAGUUUUAGUUUUUGAGGCGAAAGUGUAAGAUGGCAAUGGCCUGCAAGGAUGGUGGUAAGAUAGGAAUCAUGGACAACGGCAAGUAUGUCCGCUACACGCCUGAGCAGGUCGAAGCCCUUGAGAGGCUUUACCUUGAGUGCCCAAAGCCCAGCUCCAUACGCCGUCAACAGCUCAUCAGGGAGUGCCCAAUUCUCUCAAACAUCGAGCCCAAACAAAUUAAAGUCUGGUUCCAGAACAGACGAUGCCGAGAGAAGCAGAGGAAGGAAGCUUCACGCCUCCAAGCUGUGAAUAGGAAGCUGACGGCUAUGAACAAGCUUUUGAUGGAGGAGAAUGAUAGGUUGCAAAAGCAGGUGUCACAUUUGGUAUAUGAGAAUGGAUAUUUUCGCCAGAAUACCCAGAGUGCAACGCUUGCUACCAAAGAUGCAAGUUGUGAAUCUGUGGUGACGAGUGGUCAACACCAUGUGACACCUCAGCAUCCGCCAAGGGAUGCUAGUCCUGCAGGGCUCUUGUCCAUUGCAGAAGAAACUUUAACAGAGUUUCUUUCAAAGGCCACUGGAACUGCUGUGGAGUGGGUCCAAAUGCCUGGAAUGAAGCCUGGUCCGGAUUCCAUUGGAAUCGUUGCUAUUUCUCAUGGUUGCACUGGAGUGGCAGCACGAGCCUGCGGGCUGGUGGGUUUAGAUCCUACAAGGGUCGCCGAAAUCCUCAAGGAUAGGCCUUCGUGGUUCCGUGACUGCCGAGCUGUGGAUGUCCUCAAUGUUCUGCCCACAGCAAACGGUGGAACCAUUGAGCUGCUGUACAUGCAGCUCUAUGCACCAACAACAUUGGCACCUGCUCGUGACUUCUGGUUGUUGCGCUAUACUUCAGUUCUUGAAGAUGGCAGCCUAGUGGUCUGUGAGAGAUCUCUUAAAAACACCCAGAAUGGUCCAAGCAUGCCGCCGGUGCAGCAAUUUGUUCGAGCUGAAGUGCUGCCAAGUGGAUACCUGAUUCGACCUUGUGACGGGGGUGGUUCAAUCAUACAUAUAGUUGAUCAUAUGGACUUGGAGCCACGGAGUGUCCCUGAAGUUUUGCGCCCCCUGUAUGAGUCAUCUACUGUGCUUGCCCAGAAGACAACAGUGGCUGCUCUGCGCCAGCUGAGGCAGAUAAGCCAGGAGGUUUCUCAAUCAAAUGUUACUCAAUGGGGAAGAAGACCAGCAGCCCUUCGAGCACUGAGCCAGCGGCUGAGCAGGGGCUUUAAUGAGGCUCUCAAUGGCUUUACUGAUGAGGGAUGGUCAACGAUUGGAAAUGAUGGAAUGGAUGACGUAACUAUCCUUGUUAAUUCUUCUCCUGACAAGUUAAUGGGUUUACACCUUUCCUUUGGUAAUGGAUUUCCAGCCGUCAGCAACACAGUCUUAUGUGCUAAAGCGUCGAUGCUCUUACAGAAUGUGCCUCCUGCAAUUCUUCUUAGGUUCUUGCGCGAACAUAGGUCAGAAUGGGCAGACAACAAUCUUGAAGCUUAUGCAGCCGCAGCUGUCAAAGUUGGACCCUGUAGCUUAUCUGGAUCUCGAGUUGGAAAUUUUGGGGGUCAAGUAAUACUUCCUCUAGCUCACACCAUUGAACAUGAAGAGUUUUUGGAGGUGAUAAAGUUGGAGGGCAUUGGCCAUACUCCUGAAGAUGUAAUUAUGCCCAGAGAUAUGUUUCUGUUGCAACUUUGCAGCGGAAUGGAUGAGAAUGCUGUUGGCGCUUGUGGUGAACUAAUAUUUGCUUCAAUUGACGCUUCUUUUGCUGAUGAUGCACCGCUCCUGCCUUCUGGUUUUCGCAUCAUUCCACUAGACUCUGGCAAGGAAGCAUCCAGUCCAAAUCGCACCCUAGACCUUGCUUCUGCUCUUGAGAUUGGGCCUGCUGGAAGCAAAGAACCUAAUGAAUAUUCUGCCAACUCUGCCUGUAUGAGAUCUGUUAUGACAAUAGCAUUUGAAUUUGCAUUUGAGAGCCAUAUGCUAGAGCAUGUAGCAUCCAUGGCUAGGCAAUAUGUCCGCAGCAUUAUAUCCUCUGUUCAGAGAGUGACAUUGGCGCUCUCUCCUUCUCAUUUGGGUUCACAUGCUGGUCUUCGUGCACCAUUGGGUACUCCUGAAGCACAGACGCUUGCUCGUUGGAUCUGCCAAAGUUAUAGGUGCUUCUUGGAUGCGGAGCUACUGAAAUCUAGCAAUGAAGGAGGCGAUGCUAUCCUUAAAUCUCUAUGGCAUCACUCAGAUGCCAUCAUGUGCUGCUCUCUGAAGGCAUUGCCAGUUUUCACUUUUGCAAACCAGGCGGGUCUUGACAUGCUGGAGACAACAUUGGUUGCCCUGCAAGACAUAACUUUGGAGAAGAUAUUCGAUGAUCAUGGUCGGAAGACCCUCUGCUCUGAGUUCCCACAGAUAAUGCAACAGGGUUUUGCUUGUCUUCAAGGCGGCAUCUGUUUGUCAAGCAUGGGCAGACCGAUCUCAUAUGAAAAAGCAGUUGCUUGGAAGGUUUUAAAUGAUGAAGAGAAUGCUCAUUGCAUCUGCUUUACUUUUGUGAACUGGUCCUUUGUCUGAUUUUCCAUUAGCACUUGUGUAUUAUGAUAGUAUGAAGAUGAAAGCCGAGUCAGACUUGCUAUAUUUUGUGGUCUUGUUCAUGUUCUGGAUAUGGAAAACUUAUGAUGAUCUUUACUUUAACUGAAUACUUGCAGCCUGUGGGCCUGUUCUUGCUGUGUUUUGAACAAUUCGUCGACUUAUGCUACUUUCUGUUGGGAAUAAACUUUCUAGUCUUGGUGUGAUG